AUGAGUCUCUCGAUUCCCGAAAAAAAGAUUUAUUUAAUAGCGGGAAAUGGUGAAUGGUCUAUUUCUCGGAUUACUUCACAAAUCGACUUCUACAAUACCACAUCGUACGCAAAUCGGAAAGAAGAUCAAUUGAUUAAGCUCUCAAUUGGUUUAACAAGUCUAAUGUCGAUUGCUGUUCUUUUGCAAAUCGUUACUGAUUCGAUUCCGAAAAGUAAAACGUUCCCAUUGCUUGGCGUUUACGCGAUUGUUUGCGUGUUCAUUAUCGCUUGCGGAUGCGCUGUUUUGAUCACAAUCCCGCGAUCAAUCGACGAGCCGAUUCUGAAAAAAUACGAACAACACAGGCUGGCUUGGAAUCCAGAACAAUUCGAUCGAAUUGAUGAAAUUUUCGUGAAUCCUGCAGAACUUUGGCAACCUGAAGACAAUUUGUACAAUAGCGCAACAAUCAAAGAAGUCUAUCCACCCGAGAUUAAAACGGCAAAGAUCAAAUCAUCAGGAAAAGUGUCACUUCUGCGGAAACAAUAUCUCGAGAGUUACUGCUGGAUGGAGGAUAUCGGGGUUUUCCCUUUUGAUCACGAGAUUUGCAGUCUCUUUUUCAUGGUUUAUUCUUAUGAUUAUUUCGAUGUCUCGAUCACAGUCAGCUGCAAUUCUUUUGAUUUUGGCGAAUUUGCGGGGAAUAGUGAAUGGUAUGCUGAGAAUAUCACGUGUAAAUUAGAAUUCUACGAUGAUGGAGAAUAUGCGAAAGCUUACGAAUCGGUUAGUUUUGUACAUUGGCACAUUGAAAUCUCGAAACUUCUUACACAGCAG